AUGAAGCAACAACUACUAGCCCAGGCAGCAUUAAUUGACAUGUUGUUGAAAGGGCAAGUCCUUAGGAGGACUUUGGGUGAGAUUAGCCCUAGUCAGAAAGAUAGCUGCACAGUCCCCUCAGAAAAACUACCUGAGGGCGAGAACGAUUGCAAUUGUUUGGCAGACACUCCUGAACAUAGAGUAGUUGCAACAGGGCGUGUGUACAACAUUCUCGGGGACACAAUCCAUAAUCAUCCCCACUCGCCCGACUGUGUUAGAGUUUCUUUACUUGUUGCCAUCGACCCCAACUAUCCAUUGCCUGUUCCUACUGAUGAGGCACAGACGGUAGGGGAAGCAGUAGGGAGCUUCGUUGCAUGGCCUAGCCACCUUGUAAUAGUGGUAACACCAAAGCCGGCAAAGGACCCAUUGCCUCUAAAGAAAAAGCUGAAAGGGAAGAGCAAGCUAAAAGGUAAGUCAGGCCAUACCAAAGAGUCAGCCACAGUUUCGCAAUAUCCAGCAGCACCGGUGCUAACUGUAGAAUACAAAUACCGUGCCUCUCUUGAGACAUAUGCGAUGGCUACGAGGAUGGCUCGUCAAGUUACGAUUGGGGAUAUCAUUAGUUUUGAUGAUGGGCUGUAUAGAAGACCGGGCUUGUUUGAAGUUGUUCGGGAUGAAAUUUUAAAUGAAAUUCUCAAGCACGAAAUGGCCAGUACUAGUCUGAUGAGCUUCUACAUGAGCCUUGAGUCGAGAUUCAAGCUGAUUAAUCCCCACGAUGUCUCUGCCUAUAAUGGAAUUAUAAAGGAAGCUCUUGAAGAUUAA